AUGGAUAAUUCAGAUAACUGCAAUAUGAUCAACAUACUCAAUUUACCUGACGAAAUGUUACUUGCUAUUUUCAACAAGUUGAAAAUGGUCAAUGUACUCUAUUCAUUAGUAAAUAUUAAUGAACGAUUUAAUCGAUUAACACUUGAUCCUUUUUACAUUCAUAAUCUUGAUUUGACUAUGAAAACAUCAUGCUUUGAUUAUAUAUCUUCACAAGAUGAUCAAGUUGAUCGAAUUUGUAAAACAAUCUUACCUCGAAUCCAUCAUCAUGUAAAUAAACUGACUGUUGAACCCGAUUCAAUAAAAGAUAUUCUUCGUGCUGUCGAUUAUCCUCGACUUCAUUCAUUAUCACUUGUUAACUUUCAAGAAGAAACAUUGUUACGGUAUUUAAGAGGUGAUACAAUUCUUCGUCAUUUUCUAGCUGAUCAAAUAACGCAUCUUAAUGUCAAUAUCUAUUAUGAAAUAAUACCAAAUUUAUUCCGUUACAACACAUCAAAUAUAUUUUCAUUUCUGUUAUCAUUCUGUAAACAUUUAGUCGAGUUGACAUUUAAUCAAUAUUUAUGUGAUAAAACUUUAGAGUUUUCACUUUAUAAUGUACCAUUAACAAAUUGUGUAUCGUCUACUUUAACUAAAUUAGAAAUCAUUGUAAGAAAUUUUGAUGAUUGUCUGUAUCUUCUUGAUGGACGUCUGAAAUGUUUAUCGAUAUUGAUUAUCAAUGCUUUAAAUUUUCUGACUUUAUUACCAAAUAUAGAUAAUACGAAAAAACUUCCCAAACUAAAAUACUUCUCGCUAACUUCUACUUGUCUCACAGAUCUCUAUGAUGAUAAAAUAAUUCCAUUGCUUCAUCGAAUGUUAAAUCUCGAAGAAUUGACAUUAUUUCUCAAUGUAAUGAGAUGGAAUUCUACUUAUAUCGAUGGUACACAUUUAUAUAAUGAUAUUUUCGUUCAUAUGCCACGACUUAAUAAAUUUAAUUUCAGUAUAUAUACUAUGCUUAUGAAUGAUGAUAUUAGAAUCGAUCUUCCAUCGAAUGAAGAUAUUCAACGUAUUUUUAUCGAAAAUGGAAAUCGACAUGUUGGUUCUUUUGUUGAUACUCUGCCACAGAACGGGGGUGGAUAUUGUCAUAUCUUUUCACUUCCAUAUCAAUUCAACAUUUUUCUCAAUUUGAACAAUUCUUUUCAAGGUGGUAUAUUCAAUAAAGUUAGAUCAUUGACAAUGUCUGAUACAGAUCCAUUUGAACAUGAAUUCUUUGAAAAAGUCUAUCAAGCUUUUCCUUUUCUCCGAGAUUUAUCUCUUCAGAAUUCAAAACCACAAAAAAAUAAACAACAUUCAUCUACGUUCAUUACAUUCGCUCAUCUUAACGAACUGGAUAUUAGAGAUGCUCAUGUUGAUUAUGCUGAACAAUUUCUGUUCGAUAAAAACACUCGUCUACCCAAUUUGCUCAGUCUUAAUAUCGAAUAUAAAACAUUAGUCAUUAUAACAAACAAUUUUACUAAUGAUUCAGCACGUCUCAAUUGUUCUCGAAUAAAACAUCUUUUCAAAAAUGAAUUAUUUGCUCGUCCUAAAAAUUUUCAUGAAUAUUUUCGUUUGUUGUAA